AUUGAACUUCGCAAUAUAAGCACAGAUGAUUAUUCACUCACUCAUGCAUAUAUAUCUCUUAGUCCUCUCUUCGAUCCGUGAUUCACUACAUCAUGAGCUCCCCCUCCCCAGCUGAAGUAGAGAAUCUCGUGGUUCUUUUCGUGGGUUUCGCCUUCGCGACAUUCGUAUACGGCUUGACAUUCUUUCAGACCUACAUAUAUUUCUCUCGAUACUCCAAUGAUCAUACAUGGACAAAACUCCUGGUCGGGGCACUAUUUGUCCUUGAUACUACCUCAAAUUGCCUAGUAUCUGACAGACUAUAUCACUACAUGGUAAAAAUGUUCGACGUGGCCACAGAGGUCCUAUAUGCAACACCAGCUUUUUGCAUUCAAUACCUCCUUUCGGUCAUUCUCACGAUGAUCGCGCAGCUAUUCUUCGCUAGUCGACUUUAUACUGUCUGCGGUGGUCCUACGAGUAUUACUUCGAAAUCCGUCAGCACGGCCGUGCUCUUUUGUGCCUUCAUCGCCUUUGUUUUCGGCUUAACUUCAGUAGGGCAAUUCUUCCAGCAGAGGCAGUUAUCCACAUUUGCUUCGCCUUCUAUGGCAAUCAUCGCUGGCAUCAGCCAAUGCUUCGCAGCAGUCGCGAAUAUCAUCAUUCUUAUUGCGAUGUGUUGGUCAUUGCGUCCAGCACGUUAUCCGGACAUGCUUCAGCCUCAGGGGGUGUUUGAAAACCUUGCUGUGUUGUUUGUCUGCCGUGGCCUAGGACUCGUCAUUAUUCAGCUAAUGUAUCUUGGCACAUUUGUUGCUUCACCAGGAAAACCAUACUGGAUAGCAGUCCAGAUGGUGGCACCCAGGGUUUACACCAACACUGUCCUGGGACUCUUGAAUACCCGGGAAGUCAAACACGGUGUCGGCCUCAACGAAGAAGAGACCUUGUCUGAUCGACAGGACUCUCAAAACAAUUCUUUCCCAGGCCAGCUCCGUUUUCGCGACAUAAAGACAACACAGCAGUCAUUGAGCUUUUCGCCCCAGGGAGAGUCCAGCCGGGGUAGUGAAAUCGAGGAAGCAUGCAAGUCGUAUGCUGAUAACCAGAACCUGGAGUCCAUUAGUUCUCAUUGCAGCGAACAAAACGCUUAUGACAAGGCAAGCUUAUCAUGAUGCGGAAUGUCUGAUUCGCUGGUUUGCACGCAUAUUAAUAUCUAUUGUACUAAUCGUCGCUGUCGUCCCUCUCGCACUUGCUUUCUUUGCUUUCGCUCUCAUAUGUAUCAUAUCACUGUCGGUGUUACGGUCGACACAGUGCAUACUCUACAUUCGUCUUUGCCUCUUGAAGCAGCUCGGACUUGGGGAUAACAUAGCGUAUAUCGCACAUAUCGUACGCACAAAUUAACAUGUUAACGUUCCAAGACAAUCAUUUUGGGAAAUGGAAUCUUUCUGAACCGCACUUUCACUGGAUGUCGGC